UUUUAAUUAAUAUUGUCUACUCCAGCUCCGACGUUGUUUAGUCUAUUCAUGACAACAACCAAUUCCUCUUCACUAUGGCCGCGCCGCUUGCGACCCGCAUCUGUCUGAAAACGGCCAGCGAUAUCAACUGUCUGAGAGAAGAAACUGGUGAUUUUGUGAAACGUUCUAUGGUUGCAAGAGUGCCUGAAGCAUGGCUUUGAACCGUCGAGCACUUUCGGAAUUGUGCUUCGUCGUUGUGAUGCUGGCCGCAGCGGUGGCGGGCGAAGGGAGCGUGUUAGGCGCCGCCGGUCGUCACCCCCUCGCCAAGCCGUCCUCGUGUCACGCCUUCGGGCCGCAAGCCAUCAUGGAGGUCCUUCGCGAGAAGGUCGACGACGUCAACAAAGAUCAGCUGGACAAAUACGUCAAUAUACUGAAAUAUCUAAGAGCAGCACCUGAGAUACUGGAUAGAUAUCUGUUGGGGCAGGGCAUCGCAACCGAGCACGGUGCCGUGUUGGCCGAAUUCGAGACGACGCUGCAGCAGCGACUGCAGGUGGUGCGGCUGGACGUGCUGCUGCCCUGGGUGCGGCUGCUGAAGCUGCAGGAGCUGGCCGAGCAGUCGGGCAGGCUGCAGCAGGCCGCAGCCACCGCCCUGGCCAUCAACCUCCGACUCGCACUGAACUCAACGAAGACAACGAAGCAGAACAUUCUGGACAGCGUUCACGGACUGGUGGACCAGUACCGAGGUCUAUUCCUAAAUUACAAAAUCAUUAUGGACAUGUGGGUAGAAAACGCCUGGCCCGACGACUCCCCAGAGGAAAAGGAGGAAAUCGUCCGCCACAUCUAUAUGCAUGAGUUCCCAUCGAUGAUGGCCAAGCCUCUGCUGUACCUACUGGAAGAUGAGAAUCAGACAUUCUACCAUGCCUAUCCAAGCGGCUACGAGACAAUAUUCGACACGCUUGACAACUUGUCAUCGAUCGAUGAAGUAGAAUCGGCUGCUAACAACGGUAUACAAUGGAAUCUCUUGUUCGAACGAUUACCAAAAGGUGGCAGCAGUACCGAGCGCGGUCCCCUCACACAGGCGCAAAUAGAAAUGGAGGAGGAGGUGUUAUCGACCCACAUAGUUGAUAUGAUGACUGGCUACCCGAAUAAAAAGGGCAAACAGGCGCAGCCAGAAGCUCACCACAGUUAGCAUAUUCUCACUCUCAACAGCUGUCUAAACAGCUAAGGAUCAGGCGGGCGUCAAGGUAUUCCUUGAGUGCAGCAUACAGUAACGUGCCCGCAUCCGUACUGCCAACAGUGAGGCGGUUUCAGCGCAAAUAGAUGACGUCGUAUUUAUAUCAGUCUUGAAAAUAAAUUUGCAGCUAUGUUUGUUUGGCAAGCUUGGUUUGCCGAUAUUUAAGUAGACUGGUGGCGGUCCGAAGACCUCGGUCCCUUGGGCCACGCCACGGCUGGGCCAUUGGGUUACUGGUCGACUCAUGCAGUGUCCACGGGCUUCGGCGCCGCCGCCGCUGUUGGGAACCAAAGCCAGUGCAAACUGCCCGGCCCAGGCCGAAUGGAAGGGGCGGCCAAUUGAAGCUUAUGGGCGCACGGGACUAAGGCGGAGGGACGCAUUGUGUGUCGCCACAUCUACACCAAUGGGAAAGUCCAAGAAAAUGACGGCCGGCUGUGCACCCACCGCACCUGCUGUAUGUCUGGGCUAUCUGCGUCCAGUGUCAUGGCCAAACAUCGUCAAUGGAGCAGUUUUGUGAAAGAGCAUGCGUUACUGAGCUCAGCCAUGCUAUGUGGGAAAUAGACAUCUGAAAUGAUCU